UCAUUUUUUUCUCCAGACUUCUCUCUCUGAGUAGUCUCUGUGGCUUUAAUUCCUUGGAAUUUGCAUAAUAUAUUCAAGGCAGGAUUUCAGGAAUAACUUCACGAAAAUUGUAAGGUACACUUGUUUGCUCUAACUUUGAUUCACUCGAGGAUUAUUUUAUCUGAUUUAUAAUUAUGAAUUCCAUAAUCUUUGUUUCUGUUCACCAACACUCCCACCGGAUUAUCAACGUAAUCUACAUAUUUUCAAUUACGACGAUGACAGAUUUAUAGUUUUCAUGUGCAUGCAUAUGUGUUUGUUGAGUUUUAUAUACAUGCAUCAACGAUUGACAAUUGCUGACAUAGAUGGUGGUCCCAAGCAUAGCUCUUAGCGAAAUACUUAUGAAGUUGUUGUGGGGACUACGAGGGAGCAUUUGCCUUCACUCCUUGUUCCCGAGUUCGAAUUCUCCCUCCUUUUAGCCUCGUUUGUGAGUUGCAAGGAUAGUUGAGCUGGAAUAAGAACAUGGUCUGAUUCUGCACAGUUGCAAGUUCUUUAUUCCAUUUAUGCAACACACGGUUUGCUGCAUCGUGGGCUGCUAAGUUCUAGAUCCUCCUACCGAAAACGUCAUAUGUAAGGCAUCUCUCACGAAAGCAUAAGUUUUUGGACGCCCUCCGUAGUAAGGAACCAUUUGUUGGAAUAUUCCUUUGUCUAGAUGCCACAAAGAGUUGCCAACUAAAUCAAACACGGAAGUUAAUAAGAUAUGUGUAUCACAUGUUCUUUGAUUUAUUGGAGAAUUAUACAGGAGAGAAUAACUAACUAGGCGAAUCAUCCUCAUGUCUAUGUCUUCCCUUUAUCCGUAGAUGAAUUACAUUUUGGGAGAAUAACAAAUUACGGAUUGAUUCGUAUCGAAAAUGUUUCAAAUUCGAUCCCCUUGUUGAAUAUAGAUGAAGCAUCUCCGCCUCCAAAAGUUUGUAGCUUGAAAACAUGAUGACGUACACACAUAUGCAUAAUGUGAAGCAGAGAUUCUUGUGCAGCAAAGUCUAGCUACUUUUGUGAAUGUCACGCUUUCUUUUCGUUCCAUUCGUGACUGUAUCUGUGUUUUGGGAAAUAUAAAAGAAGGGUGGAGGCCAUACUUUGCUUGUAGUUCUGAUGGCAGUGCAUAGCAGCAAUAUAGCAACCGUUCUCGAAUCUGAAGGAGUUGAGUUUCUUCUAUCCGGUGACACAAAGGUACCGUUAUCAUCAUGUAAUGGGAAGACAGUGUGCCUCUACUUCUCUGCAAAUUGGUGUCGGCCUUGCAAGGCUCUUACCCCUCAGCUGGUGAGACUUUAUGAAGUGCUUAGAUUGGAAGGAAAAGAGUUUGAGAUAAUCUUCAUCUCCUUCGACCCCAAUGAGGAAAAGUUCAAUGAACACUUCAAGUGCAUGCCAUGGCUGGCAGUGCCCUUUGAUGCCAAUCUUCAUAAAAGAUUGAGUGACAUGUACCGCAUAGAUCGCAUCCCAUCACUCAUUUCAUUAAGUUCAGAUGGAUUAUCCAUUGAGGAAGACUUGGUUGGAUUAAUUGAAGACUAUGGAGCUGAUGCAUUUCCAUUCACUAACAAGAGAAGAGUAGAGCUAAAGGCCGCCGAUGAAGCAAAGCGUGAAGGGGGAAAAAUCGAAGAGUUGUUGACGCAUCAAGGACGAAACCAUGUCUUGGCUAGUGAUGGCAGAGAGAUACAGGUGUCUGAACUUGUUGGUAAGACAGUAGGCCUUUACUUUGGUGCACACUGGAGCCCUCCUUGCCGUGCUUUUACUUCCAAACUCAUAGAAGCAUACGAAGAGCUCAUGACAUCCGGUGAUCAAGACUUCGAAAUCAUCCUAGUCUCCACAGACCGAGACCUCAAAGAGUUUGAACUCAACACUAGUAGCAUGCCAUGGCUUGCCAUACCCUACCAGGACAAAACAAGACAAGACCUUUGUAGAAUCUUCGACAUCAAAGUGAUUCCGGCUCUGGUUCUGAUAGGACCGAAUGGGAAGGCGAUUAGCACAAAUGGGAAGGCCAUGGUCUCCUUACACGGUGCCAAGGCCUUCCCGUUCACAGAAGCGAGGAUCACAGAGCUCGAAGCAGAAUUGAGAAAGGAAGGAGAGGCAUUGCCUCCUCAAGUGAAGGACUUGAAGCAUAAACAUUUGCUUAAGUUAGAGAUGGCCAAAGCAUAUGUGUGUGAUUAUUGCCAAAAACAGGGGAGGUUUUGGGCAUUUUCUUGUGGUGUUUGUGAUUACGAUCUUCAUCCAAACUGCGUAGAAAAAUCGUUGUAAAAAUGGGUUUAUGAACUAUGAAAUUUGGAUAUUCUCAAAAGUAUUAUAAAAUAUUUGUAAGAUAAUAAAAAUUUUGAAAGGUGUGUACUUCUAGCUCUCAUCUCAAGUUAAUAUGAAAUUCUGAUCUUGGUGCAUAA